GGUUCGAUAAAUAGCGGCAGGACGGCGGCGACUCUCUCUCUUUCUGAGUCAGUGAGUGUGUGAGGGAAGCGGCGGCAGCACUAGCAGCAGUUCCCCGGCCCGGUUCUAUUUCUCAGUUCUUCACGUUUGUCGUUCUGUCAGUCACGUCAUGGCUUCUUCCGGAGUUCAGAAUGCAUCAGCAGUGCCUACUUUGCAGAGAGGCAUUGUCAAGAUGGUCCUUUCGGGAUGUGCUAUUACUGUACGAGGCCAACCUCGUGGAGGUCCGCCCCCAGAGCGUAACAUUUACUUGAGUAACAUUCGUGCUGGAGCUCUUGCACGCAGAGCAGUUGCUUCUCAACAAGAUUCAAAGGAUGUCCCUGAUGAGCCUUGGGCAUUUCCAGCUCGAGAGUUCUUGAGGCGGAAGCUUAUUGGGAAGGAAGUCUGCUUCACUGUAGAUCACAAGAUUAAUGAGGAAAGAUACUAUGGAACAGUGUAUUUGGGCAAAGAUACAUCAGGGGAGAAUAUUGCAGAGGCAUUACUUGCAGAAGGCCUGGCGUCCCGACGUGAAGGUGCAAGAGCAACAACGCCUGAGCAAAGCAGGCUGGCAGAUAUUGAAGAGCAAGCAAGAGCUUCUAAGAAGGGAAUUUGGAGUGAGGGAACUGGUUCACAUACCAUCAGAGACAUGAAAUACACAAUUGAAAACCCAAGGCAUUUUGUGGAUUCCUUACACCAGAAACCAGUGAAUGCUAUUAUUGAGCAUGUUCGAGAUGGUAGUGUCGUGCGAGCCCUUCUUCUUCCUGACUACUACAUGGUGACAGUCAUGUUGUCUGGAGUAAAGUGCCCAACCUUCAAGAGAAAUGCAGAAGGUAAAGAGGUUCCAGAACCCUUUGCUGCUGAAGCAAAGUUUUUUACGGAGUCACGUCUACUGCAAAGAGAUGUACAAAUCAUUCUAGAGAGUAGCCACAAUCAGAAUAUACUGGGCACCCUCCUUCAUCCUAAUGGAAAUAUUACAGAAUUGCUUCUGAAAGAAGGCUUUGCGCGUUGUGUAGAUUGGUCUAUAGCAGUGUAUACCCAGGGUUCUGAAAAGCUCCGUGCAGCAGAACGUUUUGCUAAAGAACGCAAAGUAAGGAUCUGGAGAGACUAUGUGGCCCCCACUGCCAAUUUGGAUCAGAAGGACAGACAAUUUGUGGCAAAGGUUGUUCAGGUAUUAAACGCUGAUGCAAUGGUGGUGAAGUUGAAUUCUGGAGAAUAUAAAACAAUUCAUCUUUCCAGCAUCAGACCUCCCAGACUUGAAAGUGAAGGAUCUCAGGAUAAGAACAAGAAGCUCCGUCCUCUUUACGAUAUACCAUAUAUGUUUGAGGCCAGAGAAUUUCUACGCAAGAAGCUAAUUGGAAAGAAGGUAAAUGUGAAUGUGGAUUACAUCAGAGCAGCUAGUGCAGCCACAGAAACUACUCCAGCAUUUCCUGAACGUACCUGUGCAACGGUCACUAUUGGUGGAAUAAACAUUGCAGAAGCCUUAGUUAGCAAAGGCCUUGCCACGGUGAUCCGCUACCGCCAAGAUGAUGAUCAGAGAUCUUCCCAUUAUGAUGAGCUAUUGGCAGCAGAGGCCCGAGCCAUCAAGAAUGCCAAGGGACUGCACAGCAAAAAGGAAGUUCCCAUACACAGGGUGGCAGACAUUUCUGGGGAUACCCAGAAGGCAAAACAAUUUCUCCCCUUCCUGCAGAGAGCUGGACGUUCAGAAGCAAUUGUAGAGUAUGUAUUCAGUGGGUCCAGGCUUAAGCUUUACAUGCCAAAAGAAACUUGCCUUAUCACUUUUCUCCUGGCCGGCAUUGAAUGUCCAAGAGGCGCUAGAAAUAUUCCUGGUGUAGUUCAGGAAGGGGAGCCUUUCAGCGAGGAAGCUAUGAUGUACACAAAGGAGCUAGUACUGCAGAGAGAGGUGGAGGUGGAAGUGGAAGCAAUGGAUAAGGCUGGUAACUUCAUUGGUUGGCUUCAUGUGGAUGGUGUCAACUUGUCAGUUUCUCUUGUGGAACAUGCCCUGUCUAAGGUCCAUUUCACUGCAGAGCGCAGCAACUACUACAAGACUCUCCUGUCCGCAGAAGAAUUAGCCAAACAGAAGAAAGAAAAGAUCUGGUCAAAAUUUGAAGAGCAGCCUGUAGAAGAAACAGUUGCUGUGGUGGAGGAAAAGGAAAGAAAUGUAAAUUACAAACCUGUCCUGGUUACAGAAAUCACAGAUGACCUGCACUUUUACGUUCAGGAUGUUGAGACAGGUACACAGCUGGAGAAACUCAUGGAGGGCAUGAGGAGUGAAAUUGCUAGCAAUCCCCCAUUGGAAGGGUCACUCUCACCACGCCGGGGAGAUUACUGCAUUGCUAAAUUUGUGGAUGGAGAAUGGUACCGAGCUCGUGUGGAGAAGGUUGAGUCACCCUCCAAGGUUCACGUGUUUUACAUUGAUUAUGGAAAUAGAGAGACAGUACCCUCCACUCGCCUGGGGACCCUUCCAACUUCUUUCAGUGUUCGUACGCUCCCUGCACAAGCUAUAGAGUAUUGCUUUGCUUUCAUUCAAGUGCCACAAGAUGAAGAUGCUCGUACUGAUGUAGUGGAUAAUGUUGUACGCGAUAUCCAGAACACUCAGUGCCUGUUAAAUGUGGAGUAUGCAGGUGUUGGCUGUCCGCAUGUUACCUUGCAGUUUGCAGACUCCAAGGAUGAUGUUGGCCUCGGUCUGGUGAAAGAGGGCCUGGUCAUGGUGGAAGUACGCAAAGAGAGACAGUUCCAGAAAGUGGUUGCAGAGUAUGUGAAUGCUCAAGAAUCUGCUAAGUCUGCAAGGUUGAACCUGUGGCGUUAUGGGGACUUCCGGGCUGAUGAUGCGGAUGAGUUCGGUUACAGCCGUUAGAAGGAUGCCAUUCCAAAGAUAAGAGAUCUCUCCCUCUUCAUGGUUUUUCAUCUCUUGCACCCUGAGAAGAGCGGUUCCAACAAAUAACAUCUGAUACGCUGAAAGGGGAUUACAGGGUUCAUCCUGGACAUGAACAUUAAUUAAAAACUUCCCAAAUAUCUGUGCACACGGUUCAUACAGUUUCUGUUAAUCUUUAUUUUAAGUGUUUGGGUAUUAUUCCCUUUUUAUUACGGAAAAUUAAUCACGUAGGCUGAUAUUAGUUUUGUAUUUUCUCUCGUAACUCAGUCCUACAUCCUUAAAUCAUGUUCUGCAAAUUAAAUGAGGUUUUAUCUGUCCAGUCCUUUAUUAUAUCCCUUAAAAAUGUAAUUGUUCCCUCCCAUAUCCAGUGUCCAGGGUCAUAUGUUUUGUCUUGUGCAUUUAAUGGCUCAAUAAAAUACAGCGUUCUAA